CGAGGUGAUUGUGAAGUGUUGUGUUUUUAAAAAAGCAACAAAAAAUGACCACAUACGGAACUGAUGAAAUUUUCAACCAUCAAAGCAAUUCUGAAUUCAGUAGUGGCUGCUUUAAGCAAAACUAUUCCUUGAAUUUGUAUACGAGUCAUUUAGCGGCGUUACACUUGCUUUUGUCGAUGCUAAUUUUCGUUACUGGUGUUUACUUAGAGUUGCAAUGGCUAACUGAGGAAAGUUGUCGAACAUACUAUGUUAUGGUCUACAUUCGAUGUGCGUUUUGGAUAGCUACACUCGUGAUAGAUAUCUUGGUCACACGCCGGCACAACGAUUUACGCCGACAAGGAUAUCAUGAUUUUUAUCGUAAAAAAAUUUUAACGUAUAAAAAUGCGCCAUUGUGUAUUGUAACACUGUGGAAUAUGAUCAUAUUCCUGGUGCAAACGAUUAUGGUGGAAGCCUAUGAUGGAACACAGUUUUCGUUACACUGUCAAAAAGGUGUACAGUGCAUUUUUUGUGGCUUAGAAACGAUACUUCUGAUGAUUGUCCAUGGAACAUACAUAAUGAAAGUGUACCAUUUCAACAGUAUACAUUCACUACCAGACGCGUUGCGUGACAUUGAACAACCAUUUAUCGGUUCCUUAGGCAUAACUAUUGAGAAUGUCAAAGUAGCCGAUCUUCUUGAAAAGCAAGCCGAUUUAAUUUAUUACCUCAAAGAGCAAAACUUCAACCUGAAGAGAAAACUGCUCCAGCUUAGUCAGCGAUCGAAUGAAUUUGGCAGCUAUCAAAAGAUAUAACACCAACAAUUCCGAACGCAAACGAUGGUUUGCAAUGCGAGUCGUUUGAAAAAAAAAUUUAUAACACAAUCUAUUAAAAUGAAUCCCAGUAUACUUUUACGAAACAAAAAAUGUCACGAAAAUGACCAUCAUUUUAGUUAGAAAAUAAAUCUUAGCAAAGUAUGUCAACUAAUAAAAGAAACUACUUGAAUUUCAGACAAA